AUGGCUCUAUCACGUUUCGCUUCAUCUCAAUUCGGAUCCAACUUCCUCAAACCCGCUUCAUUCCUCUUAUCCUCCCAACGACGUCGUUCCAUUUCCUCUUCCAACGAAACCCUAACCAUCGAAACCUCCAUCCCCUUCACCGCCCACAACUGCGAUGCGCCGUCACGCUCGGUCGAAACCUCAUCCUCAGAGCUCAUGUCCUUUUUCAACGACAUGGUUCUCAUGCGUCGGAUGGAGAUCGCCGCAGAUUCACUCUACAAGGCGAAACUAAUCCGCGGAUUCUGCCAUCUAUACGAUGGGCAGGAGGCCGUUGCGGUGGGAAUGGAAGCCGCGAUUAACUCGAAAGACUGUGUGAUUACUGCUUAUAGAGAUCAUUGUACGUUUCUGAGCCGCGGGGGGACGCUGUUUGAGAUUUUUUCUGAGCUUAUGGGGCGGAGCGGCGGGUGUUCAAAGGGGAAAGGGGGGUCGAUGCAUUUUUAUAGGAAGGUGGGAGGGUUUUAUGGUGGACAUGGGAUUGUUGGGGCUCAGGUUCCGCUUGGGGUUGGGUUGGCUUUUGGGCAGAAGUAUUGUAAGGAUCCGAAUGUUACUUUUUCUUUGUAUGGGGAUGGUGCUGCUAAUCAGGGUCAGUUGUUUGAGGCGCUUAAUAUUGCUGCGCUUUGGGAUCUUCCUGCGAUUUUGGUUUGUGAGAAUAAUCAUUAUGGAAUGGGAACUGCUGAGUGGAGAUCUGCUAAGAGUCCUGCUUAUUACAAGCGUGGGGAUUAUGCUCCAGGAUUGAAGGUAGAUGGCAUGGAUGUUCUUGCAGUAAAGCAAGCUUGCAAGUUUGCAAAGGAACAUGCUUUGAAGAAGGGCCCCAUUAUUCUUGAAAUGGACACAUACAGAUACCACGGCCACUCCAUGUCUGAUCCUGGCAGCACCUACCGCACGCGUGAUGAAAUCAGUGGUGUUAGACAGGAGCGUGAUCCAAUUGAGAGAGUCAGAAAGCUGGUAUUGGCUCACGAUAUUUCUACCGAAAAGGAACUAAAGGACAUUGAAAAGGAAGCGAGAAAACAAGUUGACGAAGCCAUUGCCAAAGCAAAGGAAAGUGAUAUGCCAGACCCAUCUGAUCUAUUUACCAAUGUAUAUGUUAAAGGCUUAGGGGUUGAGGCAUAUGGUGCUGACAGGAAAGAACUAAAAGCUACUUUGCCAUAA